AUAAAAAAGUGGAACACAACAGUGACUAGUUUGACGCCAAAACUUAUUUUAUUCACAUUUUUUGAGCUUUUGCCAUUAAUAACGUGUAAAAUAUAAUUCCAAUUCGUUAAAGUGCACUGUGCAGUGUUUAAAUAUCAGUUGAAAUAAUGUCGCACUCCUACUCAAACACGCCGAGUAGUAGUGGCGGCUCUGUAUCAGUACCUGCCACUACCAGUGGUGGUCGGCAUGGUAGUAGCAACAAUCAAAUAAAUACCACCCAUAUCAUAUCAUCUGCAACAUAUAGCAUAUCGGGUGAUGUAGUAGUAACCAGCAGUAGUGCCCCCAACAAUCCCAAAGAAAAGCAAACAACGAAGACACAGCGCACGGCUGUUGUACGCAAACCCCCACCCACCAUUGACAACUUCUGGCAGAAUAUUAUGGCAGAUGUGCGAGCGAUACAUCAAGUAGAUGCCAAACAUCAAGCAUUGCCAUUGGCACGAAUUAAAAAAAUUAUGAAAUUAGAUGAAAAUGCAAGGAUGAUAGCUGCCGAAGCGCCACUCCUUUUUGCCAAAGCAUGUGAGUACUUCAUACAAGAGCUGACAAUGCGUGCCUGGAUACACACUGAAGAAAGCAAACGACGCACACUUCAACGAUCAGAUAUUGCACAGGCUAUAGCUAAUUACGAUCAAUUUGAUUUUCUGAUUGAUAUUGUGCCACGUGAAGACAUAAAACCCAGUACGAGUAGCGGCCAGAAAAAGGACACGCAGCAACAGAGUACUAACGUGAAUACUGUAAGUAAUACAACAACUACAGCUGGAGCAAAUGCUGUCAUGACUGCAGGCACCGUGACUUUACCCGUUAAGAUGGAAACAGCUGAAGGUGAAGUGUUGACUUUUGGCGCGCUCAAUACCGAUACCUUAGCCGCAGCGACUGCUCAACCACAACAGACACAGCAAGCGCAUACCACUAUGCAUGCGCCCCAACAAUUACAAAUAAUACAGCAACCAUCCGCGACACAACCACAACAGAUGCAAUACUUUAUUGCCACACCGGAGGCUCUAAAUGCAGCACAUGGACAAAAUGCGGCGCCACAGCCACAACUGCAGAUCAUACAGCAGCCGUCGCAACCGCAGUAUUUUAUAACAACUCAUCAACCACAACAGCUUAUAUUGACAGCAGGUCCAAAUGGACAAUUCACUGCCACACCUGCACCUGCCAAUCCUGCGCAGCACCAGCAAGCGACAAUUUUACAGAAUUUGGCGCAACAUCAACAGCACCAACAACAACCACAAAUACAAUUGCUGCAGCAGGUGGUAACACCAACAGGGGAAUUGACCAAUGUGCCCAUCGCUAUCAACGCAAAUCAAUUGAAUUUAUUGCGUCUACAAAUGCAACCGCAAGCCACACAGCAGCUCCUGCAGCUAAAUACCGCCAAUGCCCCAGUCACUACCUCGCACAAUGUAACCGCUGCCCAAGUGCAAGCUCAACAGCACCACGUUCAACAACAGCCGCAGCAGCAGCAACUUCAUAAUGCAAAUGCUGGUGCUGCAAACAUAUUUAUAAACGCCACACCACACAUUACUGCGGCACAACAACAGCAGCAGCAGCAACAACAGCAAGUUAAUGUUGCCGGCGCCACAAUUGUGGCAACAGAUCGUACUUUAGGCGGCAACUAUCGUCCAAAUUGCUAGCCACCGGAGCUAAUCUACCAUCCACAAGCUGCACCCACUUUUAACAUUUCUUUCGCCACGAAAGGACAUAUAGCGGCACAAUACAAUGGUAGAGAUCACAUUUGAGACUUGCACAUCAGUCUUUUAAUUUACGUUAAUCUUUAAUAAUUUUAGUAAUUAUACAUUCAUAAUGUAUAAAAUUCGUCAUAAAUUAUAGUUAUGCAUAUAUUAUAUAUUAAUUUAGAUUAUGCAAGUGUAAAUAGUGAAUAUAAAAAAAGGCCAAAUAGAUUUUAGUACUAAGUUUAUAAAGUCAACAAAGGGAAUACAUAUGACCGGCAGUAAUAAAGGUUUAAAUGAAAUUAAUUCGAUUCUGUGAUUAAUAACCGCAGUUUAUGUUUGAAACUUAUUACGCCGCAUAUUUGUGCAAACGAAAUCUAUUUUAGCAUUUAAGCCAGAGUUACAAAAUUAUAUAAAAUGAAUCUUUUUUAGAAUACGUAUUAUUGGAAAUGUGUUUGAAAUGAACGAACACAAAAAAUAAAUCAUUUAGAUGUUAAUGAUGUAUGUAAAUGUGCAAAAGUUUAAUACAAAUAUAUAUAAUGUAGUAAUUUUAAAUAUGUAGUUUACUUGUGUAUCCGGGAAUCCCCACAGCAGGUCAGGCCGAUUUUUUAGUCUGUAGCAGGUUGUCUGUUUAUCAGCACACUCGCGGUAUAUUUCGCAUGUAUCACAAUGUCAAACUAAUAAUAUAUGUAUGUAAAAUAUUUCUAUCAAACUGGCUUCGACAAGGUGAAAUAAUUAUUCGAAAUUUAACGUUUCCUAUGACACAUAAAAACACAUGACACGAACAGUUAAUAUAAAACAUUUCCCAUAACACUUUUUAAUAAAAAAAAAAAACAAUAAUUUAUGCGCCAACCGUUACUUGGCGAACACAAGAAUAUACAGGGUGACCAGCAUGCCAGCUUUUCCAUAAUCAGCUAUGUAUCCACAAUAGCCUGUAGACAUUGCACGAAGGAUUCGGCGCAUUCAGCCGCAAAUUAGUCGACUCAAAUUCUAUUUUUUGUUUUAUUUAUAAUUUUUUUCUGAACCAAAAUAUUUAAU